AUGCAAACCCGAGACUCGCACGUGCAGGAUCCAGCGCAUCCAGUCGGAAGCGAUUGGUUGAACCCUGAAAUCAUGGCGAACCAGGAAAUCAACAACGGGGCCUCGGCUAUCUACCGAGCCCUUAAGAACCCUCUGAUCCUCGAACUCAUCCUGAAGUGGAUUUCUAGGGAUGAGGGAUGGUGGCCAGAUCCCGAACGACUGCGAAACCUUCGAGAGGAGAACCCGCAUUAUUCGGAGGACGAUCAUCAGCACUACUUUGGUGCGAAGGGCGUGCUAGUACGCUGCGCUCAGGUGAGCAGACAGUGGCAUUACGAAGCGGCGCGAGUCCUCUGGCGUGAAUGGAAGCAAUUUGAGUUUUGGCAUUAUCCUUUUGUGACGAUGUUCGAGAAGAUUGAGCCAGCUCGCCGACAAUUCUAUGCUGAAUUGAUUCAUCAUGUUGAAGUGUACGCCGUUGAAAGAGAGGAGCUGCAUCAGUCGGUCACAGGGGUAUUCGAUGGCUUAUGCUUUUCAAAUCUCGAGAGUCUCACGCUCCUUGUGGCUGGAGAGCCCACCCCACGAGACGACAGGGUAGAGAUUCCGAUCUUUCACGCCCCAAGAUUGAUAACUCUUUCGUUCGACCCUUACUAUGGGUACGACCCAGAGACGUAUGGCGUCGGUCAAGAUGAAUGGAAGCAGCUCUUUGAUAUCGUCACGGUCCGCUUUCCAGAUGUCGAGAACAUCUCAUUUCUUGACCAGGCCGAGGUGUGUUCGGGCGAAAUUAAGAAUUUCCGGGAUCGGCUUCCUCGCCUGAAGAAAUUUGAUAUCCUAUCUGUGGUAGACUACGAAGACUUAUAG